AUGAACCAAAGUCCAAUCCGUGGUAAAUCUUCCAACACCGGUGGAGGAAGGCGAAAGAAUCAUCCCUUCGUCAUUGCUUCGUUGUUUGACGUUUUUGAAAAUGUUGGCCCUGAAGUCACCGGAAUGUACGGGCUGCGUCAUUCGCAUACAACUAUAGUGACCCGUGAUGAGAAUGGCGAAUCCGUUGAAUGGGUAGUCAAAUGCGUCGCAUACGGUGGUACUGACAUCAUUCUCGACGUCGAUGGAGUUUAUUUUCUCAAAGGACGUCUCUUAGCUCUGAAUCAGAAAAACACCCAAAAAUUCUAUUACAAGCCAGAUUGUCAACUUUUAGCCAAUACAUCUGAAAACCUCCCAUGCAACCUGGCAAAUGGAGUAAGCGUUACCGGAUUAGGUAUUAUCUCCUCACGUACUGUCGAUCCCGUUGAACCAGGCAAAGAAAACGUUUUUUUAAUCGUUAGACACUCAGAUUACAAUCCAGAGAUUCAAGGUCAAUCUGAGUUCAACGUUGAAUAUCGAGCCAUGUGGUCAAAGUUGAUGGAGAAACUUCAACCACUCCUCACCGAAGGGCGCGAAGUCAUGCUCACUGGUCAUAUCGUCGGCAGGAAUGAAGAGGCUCAUAGGUGGAUUGUUCAAGUGACGGGUGUGAGUGUUACAAGCGGAUCUGAAAACAUUGCUCCUUCUAUUGUUGCCGAAGGCGCCGGGACUUGUACUACUCCUAGAGGUCGGAAGAGAGCUAAAAUGGUUUUCACGGAUGCCACCGAAGUUACGCCGGCACCGUCAACUUCAACUCUCCCUCCUACGGCCCCCGUUGAAGAUGACGUCUCAGGUCAAUCUAAAGGUAAAGCCCCUUUGAAGCCGAAUUCAGGUCGCCCUUUAGCUAGGCGUAUCAAAGGGGCUACACCUGAUGCCGAUGCCUAA